ACUGGCAGAAAAUUACCAGGACAUUUACUGUUUUUCUACAGAAUUCUUUUUUACAGUGUAAAGCAACAUCUGACAGCUGUUUCCUUCAAUAACUGAUGGACUUUUUGCAUAUUGUAACAGAAAUAUUCAAUACAGUCAAAACUGAAAACAAGCAUGAACCUUUCUGAGCAUGGUUUUGUCUCUCUGCUUAUAAUUUGGUUACUAAAGGAAUAAGUACCCUGACAUGUACUGUGGGCUCAGUCGGGGCCCAACAUAAUCUGCCCCAGAGUCCCUGAGAAGCCUGAUCCAGCCAUGAUGAUGACUGUAGAUAAAGAGAUGCUGGAAACAGGGAGGGCUGAAAUGGAAUGUUUUUGUUACCUGGUGACACAAUGAAAUGAAACAGUAACAUUUUACAUAACCUGACACACAGAGACAGGAUCUUCACUGUGUGAACAAGUGCUUUUCAGAGCCUCAAAAGCAAACCUCAAAAGUACUUUUAAACAGCAUUUUAAAAUAUUUAAGUGAACCAUCGCUGAAAAUUGUUGGAUCCCAGACAGAAGCAGUUGUCAUUUUUCUGAGUGACCCCCUCAACCCCUCUGUCUCUAAAAUGGACAUCAGGGAGGAAAACAAUCAUAUUUCAGAGACAAUGCAGUCAGAAGAAGCGCCUUCCACUUCUGAAGAUGCGGCAGUUGACAUUCUGGGGCAAACAUCCUACCCUCUGCCUCCCCCUCCUUUCCCCACUGGGAUACCUGCCCCCCCUCAGCCAGCAUCAGAUCCUCAGACUGGAGGAUUUGUUAGCAACAUCCUCCCAGAACCAGCUCCUCCUGUGCAUCAGCAGCUGGUUCCACUCAUGGGCUCAGGACCAGCUCACCUCUACAGUCAGCCAGCGACAGAUAGACAGGGACAGCUGAGACACCCAAAGCUUAAUGUGGUCGGGAUUCCAGACAACAUGAGGCAGUACGUGCAUCCUGUUGGAGAACUGCACGAUGUGCCAUUGUGGGAUUUUGUCACUCCUCCUCCCCCAUCCAACCCUCAACUUCCCCCUUCUUUCCCCACUGGAGCACCCGCUCAGUCAUCAUUAGAUCCUUGGACUGGAAGAUUUCUUAGCCACACCCUCCUGGAACCAGCUCCUCCUGUGUCUCAGCAGCUGGUUCCACUCAUUCUCACUAACACCGCCACAGUGCCAGCUCACCUCUACAGUCAGCCAGGGACAGAUAGGCAGGGACAGCUGAGACACCCAGAGCAUAAUGCGCUCGGGAUUCCAGACAACAUGAGGCAGUACGUGCGUCCUGCUGGAGAACUGCACGAUGUGCCAUUGUGGGAUUUUGUCACUCCUCCUCCCCCAUCCAACCCUCAACUUCCCCCUCCUUUCCCCACUGGAGCACCCACUCAGUCAGCAUUAGAUCCUUGGACUGGAAGAUUUCUUAGCCACACCCUCCUGGAACCAGCUCCUCCUGUGUCUCAGCAGCUGGUUCCACUCAUUCUCACUAACACUGCCACAGUGCCAGCUCACCUCUACAGUCAGCCAGGGACAGAUAGGCAGGGACAGCUGAGACACCCAGAGCAUAAUGUGGUCGGGAUUCCAGACAACAUGAGGCAGUACGUGCAUCCUGUUGGAGAACUGCACGAUGUUCCAGUCCGGGAUUUUGUCGUUCCUGCUCCCCCAUCCAACAUCUCCACUCCAAAAAAAAGGAAAUGUGAAGCCCGACAGUAUGAGGACCGGCUGUACAUAAAGAAACCACCAAACGCCUUCAUGCUUUACCUGAAGGAGCAGAGGCCAAAGGUGAUGGCGGAACUGAACACAACUGGCAGUGCAGCCAUAAAUGCAGUUGUGGGAAAGAGGUGGAGGUCACUCUCAAAAGACCAACAAGCAAAAUAUUUUGAUCAGGCUGAAACGGAGAGUUGCCGUCACGCCACAGAGCAUCCAGACUGGUCCACCAAAGAAAACUACGGCAAAAAGAGGAAGAGAACACGAAAUCGCACCUCAAGCACAGCAUCUGCAUCUGAACCUAAACAGGAAGCUCAACAGGCCAAGAGGCUUUGUGUGACGCCAGCUCAGACACAGCCGUCUUCUUCCUAUUCAGUUGUGAAGGAGCCUCUCAAGCAGCCACAGAGACAGCCAACUGUUACCAACCUGCCUCACCAGCAGUCAGCGUGUGUGCAGCUGCAGAACACACAGACUACAGCUGAUGCGCCUGUGUGUCAAGUAAAUCCGGUCCUCCCAGCUUCUCAUAUGGAUUUCUCUGCAUCUGCAUCACUGGCCUCCUCUGCACCCGUUCAGCUCCAGAAAGAGGCCCCUUUUGUCAGUGACACUAAUGAAGCACUGCUGUCAGUGGUGGAACAGCUUGACCCCCUCCUCACUUCUGAGCAGUUUCAGCAGCCCUCCUCUCCACUCAUUGGUCCUCAGUUAAGUCAGACAAGCCUUGCUUCUCCUGUAUAUUGUGCUCUAUCCACAUUAUAUGCCUCCCCUGACACAUUCUUUAAAAACCAAAAAGAGCCUAUUGGGUUCGCUGACAUUCAGCAUGACAUAUGGCCAAUCCUCCCUGUCACUCCACAGCCUGAUACACUCUCCUGUUCUAAUACUCCUAAAUAUAGUCCGAUCAGCCCUUUUUCUCUGGAGAAUUCCUCUCCAUCCAAAUUGCUGGACUCUUUUGUUGCGCCCACUGAAUGCCAGCCAAUGUCUCCCGUCUUCAGCGAAACUGCAAAAUAUAUGAUGUCACUACUUAACGACCUCGAACCUGGGCCCUUUGCACAGCAUCUACAGCCCUCCUCUCCUCAAGCAGGCUGGUCCUCACCAGAAUCAGAUCAGUCCUGUAGGCCCCCAAACCACAGCUUCCUUCAAACACUGUAUUGAAGGUCUUAGCUCACUGCUUAAUUAGCUCGAGGUUCCACCCUUUUCUGCAGAGCUUCAACAGUCCUGCAGCUCUCGCACAAAAAUCUCUACUGGAACAGUCAAAUUCAGAGUGAACUGAACUGAACUGGAUACAUUUUACAAACUCAAGCUAUUGAACUGUCUUUUUCUUGUUUUCUUGUCCUUUCAAUUUGUGUAAAUAAAAUAACAAA